AUGGACGCCGAGACGGAUCGAAUAGCGCCGCCUCCUUCCGAGGAGCGAUACGAAGUCCACAAUGGUCUUUUCAAAGCCUCCACGAAGGCGUCAGUCGUCGCUCUCAAGCGCAAGAUGGACGGCUUCGAGAACCAAUUGGCGACGAUCCGCGCCCGACUUGAAGCGAGACGAGAGCUAACAGCGCCAACUCAACGAGACUUCCACCUGUCAGCAUUAAAUUCUACCUCAGCCGUGUCAACAACGUCUUCAUCCUCUAUCCAUCAACUAAAACUUCCCUUACUACGACGAAUUGAUGGAACACGAGUAGCGAACGCGCCGCCGAAAGACCCCUUCCUCGAGGUGGAGAACGUUAUCCACCGCACCAUGACCCGAGAGCUCUACGAUCGUGACGCAAACAUCGUGGCGACAAAGGAAUUCGCGGCUGCAUCCGCUACUAAAGACGCUGAGCAGUUAGGAGAAGAGGCUCGGAAGCGCAUGGUCGCGUAUACGCAGAACGAGAGCGGGUGGCGGUUCGAAGAGCGUACCUCGAGGUACCAGCAGGUGAUGGAGGUGAAGCAGCGCGCUGACCAGGCCCAACGCGAAGCUGAGCUGCAGCGUGAUACCGUUCGCCAGAUGAAGACGCUGCUGCGAGAUCCGUACAAGGAGCUGCGGUCAUGUCCAAUCCCGAGAAGUGAGCUCGCUCCUCUAGCGUCAAUACAAGACCAGACUUUAGAGAGGAGGAAGGCGUUCGAGUGGAUCUGGGUCCUCGCUUCUCCGUCUACAAAACUAGCGUUUACACCGCGAGAGGAAACGCCGAACAACGUGAUCGACAGCGAGAAGGAGCUAUCGAUGUACGUCGUGUACUACAUCGCUGCCUCAGAUGCUAACGCCAAGCGUGUCGAGACUGCAGAGCAGUGGCGCGAUGUAUUGGGCAACGACUGUCCACCCACAUCUGGCUGGAUGGGCUGCUCGGUCCACGGUGUGCCCCCAGCUCCAGAGUUGAUAUCGAUUAGAUCAGGGAUUCAGACUUGGACUGUUGCAGGCGCUGGAGCUGGUCAUCUGAACGGUAAAUACAUGGCAUGUGGGGUGCACGAUAAUGUGCGUAGGUUCAAGUCGCCUGCUGGGGUGGAGCUCUUCCGGAAAUGUGUACCGGUAGAUUCUCGGUUGGCUCAAAUUCUCCAUGGUGGGGAGUCUGCGCGUCCUGAAUCCGCCAGCCCCAGUGUUACUGGUGACGAUUUGGGUGGGAAGGAAGACACGGCAAAAUUGACACAGAAAGCGAAGCCGGGUGUAGUUUUACCUAGUGGGUUAGCUGCGAUCGAGAAGGAUGAACUUGACUUCCGAUCAAUGCGGCGGGUUGGCUCGUGGCUUAGUACGAACGAGGCUAUCGAACGGAACCGACGAAUGCUAGCAAGUCGCAGUAUUGGGGACGAUUCUGCAGCGUUAAAGCUUGAUGGGAGUAGUGUGAUGAGCCAAGAGUCUCGAGAAGUGGAAGACGCCAGUGAUUUCGUGGAAUCCCGUCCUGAAAUCAGUGCUCCUUUGUGUCGAGAGUGGGUACUAUUUGCACGAUGUUCGAGGCUUCGAGGGGAUAAAGGGGUCUCUGGACCAAGCGAGCCUCCGAUGAAUGGCGUUGGUCUGGGUUGUUUGAAGCGACACUACUACAUUUCGUUCGAGGAGAAGAGAGACAUGACGGUUUGGGUGCAGACGAAGGAGUCGUGGCUGGAGAAAAAUGUUCUGAACAUCAUCAUCGAGCGCGAAGCGCAACUGGAGCGCGUGCACCACUUGAGCCGCAAAUGUAUGGUCAAAUUCCAGCAGAACUUGCGGGAGGAGACCGAGAAGUCGAAGCUGAAGUUGUUCGCAGAGCUGAAUCGCGUGCGCUUCUUAACAGUGAAAGUGCUAGAAACCAUUGCUCGUUGGCGGGGACACGCUAGGAAGGUUGGCUUUGCGCGAUACGAUGACCCAGUGAAGCGGAUGAAAGGGCUUAAAGAAGGCGCAGCCUGUAGCGAGAAAGUUUUACAACAGCCCGAAACGGAGGCGCCUCUGCUUGGAUGGUCGUCAUCGAUAACGUUAGACACGGGGAAGCAGCUCUACAAAGGCUCCAAGGCUUUCGUGUCCAAAGUGAAACGCUUCCGUCGAAGUGAAGAUGUUACCGGUAAAAAAGAGCAACACAUCGUGUAUUUGGGGUACUUCGAAACCCAAGAAGAGGCUGAGCGCGCGUAUGACGAGCACGCAGCCUCCGAAGCACGGCGGUUGAACACCACGGUGGAGCAUCUCCCUCGUCGACGAAAUGUAUUUCGCUCUUGUGGCAAACACUUUGCUGUGGAGAGUGAAAAAGAUGGCCCCAGUUUCUGUAUCGAGUGCAAAACCAAGCGACUAGCGUCGAUAUCGUCGACUUUGGCGGAUGAAUGGGUACCACCAUUCUUUUAUGGCACGGGGGUCAACUAUAUCAUGAAAAUGGCGAAUGACUUGGACUUUCUGGAUGAGGUGCUGCCCCUGAAGGCAGCUCUGAACAUUGGUCGUGGCGUUCAUGAAGACGAAGCGUUCCCACUGCGGGGUAAUUUAUUUCUUCUUCCCAGAACACCUAUACAAGACCCUGACCUCGCUGUAUUCACGACGUUUUCAACCCCUACAGCUCCGCGUCUGGGUGAGAGUCUCGACAGUCGUGGAGUCAAUGAUAUUGAUGACGAGGCUCUCGAUCGCGAGCGAAUCUUCAAAGCGCAGCAGAUUUUUCUGCAGGAGCUGCAGAUUUAUCGACCCGAGGUGCUGUCUAAACCACAGAAUGCAGCUCAAAAUCCACUUCCCAAGCAGAAAAUUCGCGAGGAUUUAUCACCGCAGUAUCGCCUAGUAGAAGCGUUGUAUUGGGACCAUUGUGCGGCGCUCAAGGUCCAGCAAGAAAGAUUGCCAAUGGCUUUGCGACAGGAUAAUAUAUGGUGCCGACCUGAUGCGGGCGAGUGGGCGAGCUUAGCGGUUCGAGGAGCACACCAGCUGCACUUUUUGUUCGAGCAGAAGCUGGAGAAGGCUGGGAAAGAGAUGGUGCAGCGACGGCAACAGGUCCUCGCAGCUGUGCGUCAGCUGAACAAGGUGCCGCUGUAUUUUGUGCCGUCACGGACCAACUUUACGGAGCUUAUCGCGGCUGGCCAGCAGGUCCGCGGUGACGUGGUGCAACUCGAGGUGAAUAUUGCUACUAAGCGACUGCAACGAUACGAUUCGUGGUGCAUCAAGUCACUGGUCGUGCAGCGAUGGUUUCGCGGUGUUUUAGGGCGACAAAAGGCGCGAACAACACGGAAAGCGCUCCGUCUUGCUUACAAACUGCGAGUAUUUUACACCAAGCAGGUCGCUGCUGUGGCGAGAUCGUUUUAUGAGUCUCAAGUGCUUGCAGUAGCGGUUCGUAAAGCUUACAAGGCUAUUUGUACGCCGAUCUACACGCGCUCAGUUAUGAUGAACGGAGAGCUUGUGGUCGUCACCUUCCAUUCCCUCCAGCACUACCAGCUCUACCACAGAGAUUUCGAUACCACGGCAACGACCAAACGAUCCGUAAUUCCUUCUAAUUGUUGCACAAGUUGUGCCCGCCGACAUCACGUUAAAGUGCACUAUCAAUCGUUUGAGAGCAAGUUCUCGGUGCUUCAAGGAGUUUGUACGUGCUCAGUAUGCGGAGGAAGCUCCCAAGACGACGAUAAAGCGAGCGAGAGCUGGUUGAUUCGUGCGUACAGUCCUUCACAUAAUGUCAUCUAUCGGCUACGAGUGGAUUCACCGCAGCUCGAGCAGCUACUUCAAUCGCAAUUCUACCUACCGUCGUCUAGUGCCAACUACCGCCCGCUUGUCGUAGAAUGGGAGACGGCAAAACUCGCAGCAGCCGUGACAUCAAACUACACAAAAUAUUGCUGCCAGAAAGCAGAUAAGGCAGUAACUACGCUGGAAAAUUGGAGGCGGAUUAGCAGUGGGGCGACGCAGACUCGGAAAUCCUUGCUGGUAGCGCUAGAUAAGAGCUUGGCGCUACUGACAAGUACCAAGUCUGCGCAUGAAGUCUCAGUAAUUAAUGCGAAGAAGGCUCUAGACUUCACAUCACGACCAUUUUCGGAGGCCCAGGCGUGGGACCCGCUGGAGAACGCCAACGACUGGAGGUUCAUCGUGGAGAAGCGGCAGUUGGUCAAGCGUCUGGAGGAGACACACCAGGAGGUGGAGCGCUUACGGGUAGCGCAUUUCCAGGCUACAUACAAUGAGCAAUACGCUCGAGCAGGGGCUACCCAAGCGCAGGAAGAGUACACUCGAUACUGGAUGCCGCUAAUUGAACGAGAAAGCCAGGCAAUGGAGGAGGCCAUUCUGGGUGAAACUACAGCGAGGACGAAGAUGGAGAACUUCAUGGAGCAAUUGUUCGCUCGCUUCUUGACGCUGCGUGAUGGUUACCUGGUUCCUACUCGACGUAACCUUGUCGUCCAAAGCCCUCUUUGGCACGAUAUGGCUUCCUUUCGUCUUGAUAUUCCAGGACUUAGGCGACGGCUGAAUUAUUUGCGAAGCCGAACUUUAGUUCUAUCAAAUCUGGCCAAGCAGAACAAGCGGACUCGACGGAUGGUUGUGACCGUCAGUAUGUGGCCGCUUAUCGCCCGCAGCGGCAAUAACGCCCGCACAAACAGAGACCUGUGGGUGACUGCGUACGACCCGGUGGACUGCUCGAUGCACAAUAUCUUCCUGGAAUGGGAGCUCGUUCAGCUUCUAACCGGAGCACCAGGGAGGAAAAUCUGGCAAGACGCUACGGAAUCUAAGAGGACUGCGUGGAGAUCUAUUGCGGAUAUUUUGCUCUCGUUAACUAUGCUGGACCGCUUUACCGGUGAAUUUACGCUGCAAAAGCUGCAGUUCUACCACACAUUGCGUCGUUUAACUCCGCAAUUUUUAUCCAGCAAGGUGAUGAGGGACCUUCAAGCAGGUCGAAAAUCCGGACAAGGAGACGAGGUAUUGCGUCAAGCAGUGUCGGUCGAUGGGAAGCUGUGCGUUGUUGUGGUGUACGAGAACUGGGGAGAUCUGAUCUUCGCUAUUUAUCACACAGCGAGUGGUGAAUUUUAUCGAUUGGAAGUACCGUUACGAGUCGUGUUUGACCUUCUAAGCAGCAAACCGUUGAUGCUUCGCCUCUGGAUAAGUUGCGUCAAGUCCAAUUCGUACGCACCGACACUUUUGGUGCAUCUUUUGAAGCAUGUGAGGUUUUGUAAAUGCGAAGAUGGAAGUGAACUUGCGCGGAUAGAUCAUGACAUUCCUGCUCAGAAACGCUCCAAGCGCUACCAAUCUCUACUUCGCAUUCAGAAUCGACAGGUCCUUGUGAGCAUUAUCGAAGACAGUGGAGGCGACUUUCAGGUUUCUGGAUAUGAUGUGCGAAGCGAAUUGACCUACAAACUUCUGCUUGAGCGUGAAGCUCUUCACCGAAUCCUCAAAACGGGUGUUGUCCACGAUGGUGCGGAUAUUGGAGAACCUCUGGCAACUUCCGCUUCGUCGCUACUACUCCGUCGGAACAGAAAGCUGCUGUGUGAAUGGAUUUGUAGUCGUCUGCGCUUCCAAAGCAUGCUAGAACACCCUGAGCUGGUUACGUCCGGAACUUCACCGUUAGUUUACGGACUUCAUUUGCGAGAAAGUUUUCGGAUUCUGAAUCGGUGGAUUGCUACAAGUCCGAGGAAUCCGCUGAGUGCUGUGCCCGAUACAGAAAUUACGCGCCGCGCGUCUUCAAUCGACGCUGCUGCCUUUGCAAGUCUGCAGUUCGACCAGCUAACACUAGUGGCGCACCGCCAACUCCCUUUUGAACUAGAGAAAGAAUAUGUUGGCACGAUGGACUGGAUAGCAGCUGUGGCUGGAACGUCGCCUUCAUCAUGGAAGAAGCAGCUUCCGUAUAUGAAGAUGGAUUUCUUUGUGAAAUCUCAUACUUUAUUUGCUCGACUG